UGAAAUCUGUUCGGAAGAUUGUGUUCUUCAAGGUCGUCUUUGAAAUUCGGAAGCAUUUAUUUCUUUGCACGUCCGGCUUAAUCAUCUAACGGAUGUACAGCAUACUGAUUUGAUUAAUUUGAUUACUGAAUAUGUUACAUUGUUUUCCAAUACUCCUCCUUGUACAAAUUUAAUUGAACAUGACAUUGAUGUGGGAGGUUCAAGUCCCAUUCAUCAGUAUUAAUACUGAGUGUCUGCAAAUAAGAAAAAACAGCUGGAUGAUGAAAUUGAGUAUAUGCUGAAAAAUGGUAUUGCUGAACCUACUUUUUCUAGUUGGGCAUUUCCAUCUUUGCUAGUGAAUAAACCUGAUGGGUCAUUUAGAUUCUGCAUAGAUUACAGAAAGGUAAAUGCCAUAACGAAGCCUGGUUCUUUUCCUCUGCCGCGAAUCGAGGAUCGUGUCAAUUGGGAUAUGUGAGUAAGUUCGAUCUUCUUAAAGGUUAUAGGCAGGUGCCUUUAACUGCAAGGGCUCGAGAGAUUUCUGCUUUUAUUACGCCUUCAGGGUUAUCUUCUUACAAGGUUAUGAGUUUCGGAUUGCGCAAUGCUCAAUGUUUCAACGUUUAAUGAAUCAAGUUAUAUCUGGUUUGAGGGGCUUCACUGUAUAUUUCGACGAUGUUGUUGUUUUCAUUCAAACUUGGGAGGAACACUUGAUUCAGAUUAGAGCACUAUUUGAUCGCUUUGUAUCGGCCAGUUUGACUGUUAAUUUGUCAAUAAAAAUGCGAAUUCGCCAAAGCUACUGUUACCUAUUUGGGAAAGGUGGUUGGGCAAGGCCAAGUACAUCCUGUUUGCUAAAAGGUAGAGGCAAUAGAUAAAUAUUCUACUCCCACUACAAAAAGAGAGCUAAUGCGAUUUCACUAAAUGGUAGGGUUUUAUUGUUGUUUUUGCAGUUGUUUUCUAUGGUGGCAGUGACCUUGACAAUUUUGUUGUGGGAAGGAGCAGAUUUUUGCUGGACACCAGUGUGUCAGCAAGCUUUUGAAAGGGUACACAUGCUCCUUACAGAGGCUCCCAUUUUGGCAGCUCCGAGAUUUGAUCAAGCGUCACUCUAGUGUGGCGAAAGUCCCUUCAAUAUCAACAAAGAUGGUGCACGCGAGACCCGAGAGUUUGUUCUAUUCAGCCAUGAAUUCAGUUUUAAAUGACCAAAAACACAUUGUCAUUAAAACCCCAGCAGCUGACAGCACUAAAAGCUUUUAUUUUAAAAGAAGACGUUUUCGCGUUGCUUCCCACUGGCUUUGGGAAAAGCUUAAUAUAUCAGUUAGCUCCGCUCGUUGCAAAGAUGUCGUUGUGUGAAACUCCUGUUGUGGUCAUGGUGUCUCCUCUACUUGCACUCAUGGAGCAGCAGGUAAUGAAGGCCUUCAAGCUCGGAGUUAUCGCCAUGCAGUUAGGAGUGAAUAGGGACGAGGAGAUUUUCAGCGGUAAAGCAGAGUUGUUGUUCGGUAGCCCGGAGGCCUGGCUGCUGAAUGAGAAAUGGAGACGCUUGCUGUUUAACCUGAAGGAGCUCGUUGGCAUUGUGAUCGAUGAGGUUCAUCUCACUUACGAAUGGUGCCAGGUUGCUAAAGGAGUGAGAGCUGAAAGGAUGGAAUUGCAAGCUGAACCAACUAUUGUAAUUUGGACUAUUUGAAUUGUGGAAGACUCUGUGCUCUUUUUUUUUGGGGGGGGGGUAUGACUGGUCUCCCGUUAUUUCUGCUGUUGUCGACCAGAUGGUGUGGCUGACUUAUCACAAGAAUCUGCGCCUGUUCAGGCUAAUUAAGGGAAUGAUUGGCACCUGUUUCUUCCCUUAUUAAAGGGGAGUUUGUGAGAGUACAAAGAGGCUUGUGUCAUUAUGAGGGGGUUGUGAGAUUUGCUUGCUUCUGUUUAGCUUGUGUUUGCUUUUUGUUCUUGUUUGUUUCUUUUGCUUUUGCUAUUAUUUUGAACUUGGUUCUGUCUGAUAUUUUAACACCAUGUGUCAGACAGAAAUUGGAGUUAUUUUUGUAAGUGAUUUUCUGCUUUAUAUAUUUUUCUAUUUAUGUUAAUAAACUUUUAAGUGUGAAAGAAAACCCACUUUAAGAAUCAACAGGAACUGCCACCUGAAUGUGUGAAAAUUCACACCCAUCAGUCUAAAAUGGGUUCAGAGAUGACCACAGUCCUCUGUGUUUAACUAGUAUGGUCAAACUGAGUUGAAAACUAACUGGAUUACAUUGUCCCCAUGCUGACAAAAGGAUAGUAAUACCAGAAAUGUUUGAUCUUGUGCAUUUUUGGUCCUCAUAAAAAAACAGCUUAUAAAUCACA